CCCAGCUGAGCUGCUGCGUAGAAGAAACAGUCAGUGAAGCACCCUCUCGUGUAGGAAGCGCUGCGCGGUCGUGAUGGUUCAUCCGUUGCAUUUGCAUGCCCUCCAUGAGCUGCUGCUGCAAGCGAGGUCUCCACAUGCAGCCCUAGGACUGGUCUUUGUCCUGCUCGUCUGCCCUCUUCUUCUCCUCCUGCUCGUGCGCCACCUCGCAACGCCGUCGACGGCCGCGGCCACCGCGAGAGCCAGAGAAGAGCUACUGGGCAGGCUGCCCUCUCCUCCCAGUAGGCUCCCUAUCAUCGGCCACCUGCACCUCGUCGGCUCCCUCCCGCACGUCUCCCUCCGCGACCUUGCCGCCGAGCAUGGCCGCGACGGCCUCAUGCUCCUCCACCUCGGCGCCGUCCCCACGCUCGUGGUCUCGUCGCCGAGCGCCGCGGAGGCCGUGCUGCGCACGCACGACCAUGUCUUCGCGUCCCGGCCCUACUCCGCCGUCACCGAAAUCCUCUUCUACGGCCCCGCGGACGCCGCCUUCUCCCCCUACGGCGAGCACUGGCGGCAGGUCAAGAAGAUCGCCACCACGCACCUUCUCACCAACAAGAAGGUCCGCUCCUACCGCCAUGCCCGCGAGCACGAGGUAGGUAAACAUGCAUCAAUUUCAUCUGCAUGUUUGCUAUCUUUUCAGUUGGCUGAAUUUUUUUAUGCGUUAAGUUAUUAUGUUUUUUCUUAGAUUGUCUUUCUGCUGUCCAUGAGAUCCUGCCCUCCGACACACACAUCUAUCCAAUGAAUGUCUUUGGUUUUCUAUGGCUGGGCUAUACUGAUACAUAUAUUGUACACCAAUCUUAGCUUUUGCAACUGUUGUAUUUUCGGGGCCAGGCCGCACUAGAAGAAAGAAAGCGAUCUCUAAAGGCAGCCCGCAGGAGAGUUUCUCCGACGCGGCUCUCCUCCACCGACAAUCUCAGACGUCGAUGGUGAGGAGGUCGCCGGAUCCAUCCGUAUAGAUUGUUUUUAGACCCUUUGUGUCUAUGUUUUUUAGACCGUUCAUUGUCUUGGCUUCGGUGGUGACGAAGGCAACGCUGAAUGAAGAUUUUUCAGCUCCUUUCCCGUCGAGGUGUUUGGUCGGAAUAGAUUUGGAAACCAGUCCUUCAAGCUUCAACCAAGGAUGGUGUGCCGGUGGUGGUAUCCUCAUGGUUGACCAGCCUCCUCGGGCUUUGGCGUUGCGACGGCAUUUGCUCCAACACCGACGCGGAACUUGAGAUAUAGCCCGGAAGCGGAUGCAGAUUGUGAUAUGCAUCGACAACAUUUGAAGAUGGUGGAUCGUGCGCUGGAGGUAUAGUUUCCUGCUUCGACGUCUUAGUCGUGCAGGGGUGCCAUAUCUGGAGUUUGAUGGCGUGGGUGUUGCCUUGUCUAAUUCGUUUAAUGAUGAUUGUUCCGUCUUUGAUAAGCCUUUGAAAGCCCGCAAAACUGCAUAUCAGCUAUGAAGCCGCAUCCCAUGUCGAGCUCGAGUGAGGAGUUACAAGAAAAUUGGGUUCAUAAAUUGUUUAAAACUUUAAAUUACUAUACAUAUGUAAAGUCAAAAAAAUGAUUUAAAUAUUUCAAAUUUUAAAUUUCAAUCAUUUUAAAAAGCUAUUUUCACUCGGUUCAUAUAUUGGGUUUAUGUUU